AUGGGGGAGAAUCCUUGUUCUCCUCUUUUUCCAGCUAAAGACCAAGCUAUUGUUUUAAGUGCUAUUAAAGAUGUAAAACUUACGGAAUAUGUUGUAGCUAUAGGUGAUAUAGUUACAUCAAAAAAUGUUAUUUUCGCGUCGCGAAUGUCAAACGAUCGUAUAUGCAUUUAUCUGAGUCAUAAAUCCUAUGUAGAUCAAAUUGUUUCAGAAUAUUCUACUAUUAAAGUCAACGGUACUGAAGUAAAUAUUUAUGUCCAACCUAACGAGUUAAUAGAUCUUCCGUCUUCACUUGUUAUAAAGUACGACGAAACGAACUACCGAAUUUUCAUGAGCUAUGACAACAUUUGUUUCAAAUGCAGAUUGACUGGACAUCUAGCAAACGACUGUCCGGGUGCCAUUACAGCGUCUUCCCCCAAUGAUACCGGCAUUACCAACAUUAUUAUAGAGAGUCCUAGUAACGGUAGUCAGACAGCAACUUCACCAGAAGUGGGAACUAAGCGCCCUACACAGGACGACAGUUUAACUGAACAAAAUCCCUUGGACUUAUCACUUGGAUCACAUGCGGAAAAUACUCAGCAAGAGCAACCAACGAAAAGGAUUAAGCCUUCAGAUUCCACCGAAAGUUUAACCCCUGUUUCUGACUUACUGCAUCCAGCGAAACAGCUGCUUGAGAAUGCCCAGUACCCACUCAAUUUUGAGCAGACGGUUGAGUUUCUAGAAAAAGCAACUGGAGAAGUUGAUCUGUUGAAACUGGCUCAUAAAUACACAACUGACGUGCAAGAAACGUGGUUAUCUCCUAGUAUACCUGACAGCUUCGUCUCUGUGCCGAAUUUCACUCUUUUCAGAAGUGAUCGAAUUAAUAGAUUAGGAGGGGGUGUAUGUAUAUAUGUUUCUGACCAGAUUUUAUCAGAAUUUUCGGUAACUCCUAUAAAUGUUAAUACUUUCGGCAUUGAUUCACUUUUUUUGAAAGUAUCUAAUAAAAAUGUUACUUUUGUCCUGGGAUGUGUUUAUCGCCCUCCGAGACCAGUGCUGCUUGCUGAUGAUAAUAACUUAUUCAGUUCUCUGUCGCAACUUGCCUUUACUCACAAUAAAUUUUUUGUAUUCGGAGACUUUAAUAUGCCAGACAUAGCUUGGCCUUUAAAUAUGAGUCAACAUUUCAGUCCAUCUUCGCAGCUAUUAAUAGAUCUGCUAGUUAAUAGCAACUUGAACCAACUUGUUAAUGAACCCACCCGUUAUAGGCUGAACCAAAGACCGUCUACAUUAGAUCUGAUUUUAACGUCUGAUGAUACUUCACUAGCAAAUUUGAAUUAUUUAAACCCAUUCGGCAAAUCUGAUCAUGUAACUUUAAAGCUAGAUCUCCAACUUUGUUUUGUAGCGAGAUCUAAAACUGUUACCUUACAAAAGCGGAUUGUUGACUUUAAAAAAGCUGAUGAAUAUUUGUCUACUGUAGACUGGGCAACCCUUUUAAACCAUCCAUCGGUUGAUACAAAUUGGGAAAGCAAGGAAGAUGAUUAUAAGGUUCAUCGUGCGUUUUCUAACCGCGUUUCGUCAAUCAUCAAAGAUGUAAAACAUAAAUAUGAAAAAAGUAUUGCCGAUCAGAAAAAUCCCAAAAAGUUCUACAGCUACAUUCGCAAUAAAUUAUCAGGGCCUGUCAGAAAGCCGCAGGUGAAAGAUGCAACCGGGCACAUUAUAGAGGACGAUUGCGUUACAGCCAACAUUUUUGCUGAAACUUUUGCUCAGUCGUUCACAAUUGAACCAGACGCGGAUAUACCGAAUUUGUUGACUACUCAUAACUUCGAUUGUCUUAGUGGUAUAUGCUUUUCCUACGAUUUAAUAAAAGAUAAAUUGCACAAAUUAGAUACUACCAAAUCUCCUGGUCCUGAUGGUAUUAGUGCAAAAAUUUUAAAAGAGUGUGGCAGUUCCCUUGCUCGCCCGCUUUGCAUGUUGAUGAAGCAAUUAUUUCGGUCAGGACGAUUGCCAAACGAUUGGAAAACUGCCACCAUCACACCUGUGUUCAAAAAAGGGGACAAGUUUAAUGCGGCGAACUAUAGGCCUAUAAGUUUAACUUCAGUAGUAGUGAAACUAAUGGAAUGUAUCAUCUACGAUCACGACCAAUUUGCUCUGUUGUUUAGACAACUGGACUAG